AUGUCCAAUGACGGAUACUACGCCUCCUCGCGGGACGACGCGCCGCCGCCGGCCCCGCACAGCGCCACCUCGGGCUUCAACGAGCCCGUCACCCCCACUACCAUGCACUCCAUGGGCGACGCGAACGGCUUGAUGCCCCGCACGCACGUGGUUGUGCCGCCGCAGUUCGAGGGCGACGAGGACCAGACCAUGAGCGACUCGGACCGCUCCAAUUCGGCCUCGGCGCUCAAUCUCUCGCAGGCCUCGGUGAUGGACAUCGUCAAGGAAGGCAAGCGCGUCAUCGCCGCCUUCCUGCGAGAGACGCAGUGCUACGACGUCAUCAAGAACAGCGGCAAGGUCGUGGUCUUCGACGUCAAGAUCCCCAUCAACCUCGCAUUUUUCGCGCUGGUAGAGCACGAUAUCAAGUCGGUGCCGAUCUGGGACGCUGAGCAGGGCAAGUUCGUGGGCAUGUUCACGGCAACCGAUUUUGUCAAUAUCCUGCGCCACUUCUACAUCCGCGGGUCGCCCAUGAACGAGCUAGCAGAGCACAGCAUCGCUUCUUGGAGAGCAAUUCCUCGAUCCCUGUCGAUGGCACCAACACGGGAGGAGAUGGUGUCCGUCACACCAGAGCACAACCUGUACGAAGUACUUCCCGUAGUAGACCCGACCCAGAACUCGGUCUUGUCUGUCAUCACGCACAGCGGGAUUUUGGAAUACCUGGUGGCUACUUUCCGCGAGCAGCGCCGGCUGUUUGAUCAACCGAUUUUCGACCUGGGUAUUGGCGUCUACAGCGGCUUUGUGACAGUUCCAGAGGAUAUGCCGCUCAUUCGCGUGCUGCACACCCUAAUUGAGCGGAGGGUCUCGGCUGUGCCGAUAGUCGACCCGAGUGGCGUUGUUGUGAAUAUUUAUUGUGUAUCGAACGUCACCGAAUUGGUGAAGGACCGGUCACUUACCCAGUUAGACAUGCCUGUGGGAGAAAUUCUCAGGAUCCAAGCUGCUGAGGGCAACGUCGGAGAGGGCCUACAUCUGUGCUACAAGACAGACACACUGCACAUGAUUUUCGAGCGGUUCGCUGCGUGCAAGGCACACCGCUUCGUGUGUGUGGACGAGUAUUCGCGCUGCGUGGGUCUCGUAUCCCUCAGCGAUUUGUUUAAUUAUUUCCUCGAGUAG